AUGGGCGCGUGUAACUGUUCUGGCGAGUCGGCAAGAUGCAACUUCGGUGACAAGCAACCUGUCGUGAACCUCACCCCUGGGGCACAGGAUCAGGCAGGCGUCCAGCGAGGGCCCGGUGUGUCGGCGUCGUCGGGGGCAGCUGCCAGCUCGCUGCCCAAGGCAGCGGCGGCAAAGCAGCUUGAGGUCCCGAGCAUACGACGCCCGGAUGAAAAAACAACAGGACUUCCGCAGGACACUGAUGGCUCCGUCCUGGAGGAUGUUCGCAUCACUUUAGAUGAUGGCUCGGUCUACAACGGACAGUGCCGAGAUGGUGUUUUCAAUGGGGAGGGCACGCUGACGAUGCCAGACGGCGCCGUCUAUGAGGGCCAGUUCAAAAAUGGAAAAAAGCACGGUGUGGCAAAGUACACGUACGCAAACGGAGCCAUCUACGAAGGUGAGUACAAGGAGGAUGCCAAGGACGGAAAGGGCAGACUGAUCUGCGACGGCAUCGGCACAUUGGCGGAGGCCUCCACCUAUGAAGGCGACUGGUUGAAUGACCUGCAGGACGGCCAGGGUAUUGAAAGAUGGGGCGAUGGCUCUGUGUUCACCGGCUCUUUCAAAGAUGGCAGGAAACAUGGCCAUGGCAAGUUCAUGUGGGGCGAAGGCUGCAUGUACGAGGGAAGCUUCCUCAACAACGACAUGCACGGGGAAGGUCGCUACGUCUGGGCGGACGGCCGUCAGUAUAAUGGUGAGUGGGUAGAAAAUCAGAUGCACGGUCCUGGCACAAUGCGAUGGCCGGACGGUCGCAUCUUCGAGGGCGAUUUCAGCCGCGGCAAGAAGGAAGGCGAGGGCACCUUGACAUGGCCGGACGGUCGUACCUACGAGGGCCAGUGGAUCCAUGGAAAGCAGCACGGGAUGGGCGUGGUCACCACGUCUAAGGGCACAGGCCGCAAAAGCUACUGGAAAGAUGGAAAGUUCAUCAACUGGGUGAAUACCAACUGA